UUGGGUUCGGACUCCACCCGCUCUUUACCACUUCAAGUCCCGAUUCAUCGGCCACGCCCGUCUUCUUCUACCCGUUCCACCCGUGUCCUUCCCAUUUCGCACCCGGCUGCCCUUCCUUACACUUUGAAUCCGCACCCGCCGGUUGUUUCACGCCCAGUUUUCCCACCCGCCUCACACGCCUCAACCGCCGUUCACUACUAAUAAGGAAUCGGCACCCGUCCGUUCUUUCCUUGUACCGCAGUUGGUUCAGUAAGAGGUCCUGGCAUCGAUUCUUCUCCAGCAAAUGCUCAGGAACACGGAUAUGAGAUCCGACACCCGUCCGAGGCCUCCUUCCUCUUCGGAAGAAGAAGAUAAUGACUCGGAAAAAUUCUAUGUGAAGCCCAGUUUCCCAGACUGUGACGAACCGCCGCCUUCAAAGAAGAAGAAAAACAAGGAUGCCCCUGCACAGGAAAAUUUCAAGGUAAAGGGACGGAGGGAAGAACCAUUCCAAGCGUCAUCAUCUGUUUCAAAACAGAAGAGAUCUAAGAAGAGGCAGCGCAAAUCCGGAAUUGACUUAGAAGAACUCCUGGCACGAACUUACCCCAAGGAGAUCCCAAAGCCGGUGGAGCAUGCGAAUCAAAUACCAGCUGAAGCUUCCAGUCGCAGAUCGACCCGCAAAAAGAAAAAGACGGCGAAAGAAGUCAGUGAUUAUGCGAAGAAAUGGUCCGGCGAUGACGAGAUUUCUAUUGCCACGGCGCUCCUGGAAUGUUGUUCACCUGAAGGUGAAAUUAACAUUGCGGCAUUUUACCAGCGGGCUAAGGAGUCUCUUCCUGGCGAGGUAAGUAAUUCUCAGCUAUACGAUAAGAUGAGAAAUAUGAGGAAAAGGUUUUGGGCCAUAGAGUCCAAGCUUAAGGAGCAAAAAGUUCCAGAGGACGAGUUCGCUUACAGGACUCGUCAGGAGCCCGCUCUAUUUAUUAUAUGGAAGCAAAUCUGGGGAAAUAAUGUGAAUAAUCAUGAAAUUCGUGCUGAAAACCCUAAGGAAAAUGACGCUCAAGAUCUUAGGUUAAUUGAGCUUGGAAACCCUAGUAAAAACAGAGAAGAAAACUCCAUGGAAAUUGAAAAUGAAAACCCUAGGGGCAAUGGAGCUGAAAACCCUAGGGAAAAUAGAGAUGAAAAUCCUAUGGAGAUUGAAGGCGAGAGUCCCAGGCAAUAUAGUAAUGAAACCCUUAGGAAAAAGGGAGCUGGAAGCCCUACGGUGAAUGUUGACGAAAGGGAAAACUCUCAGGGAACUGAAGGUGAAAACCCUAGAGGGAUUGAGGGUGAAAACCCUACGAAAGUUGGAUCCGACAGCCCUAGAAAAAAUCAAGUUCCCUACAGCAGGGGAAGUGGAGUUGAUGAAGAUCAGCAGGAACGUGAAGGAAAGGAAGACGAGGAGCAAAGCCCACAGAAUCCCGCGUCUCAUGAAACCCCAAACUCAAAAGAAAACAGGGUUUCCAAAUUGCUGCAAACCAAAAGUGGGGGUUUUGAGGAUAAUUUUAAAAUCUUGCUUGAAAACACAGAAUCAAGGCUUCAAGCGUCGAUUGAGAGCACGAUCCAUCGUGUCGCUGCUGCUUCAGCUGCCGGUGCAAAUUUUCAGCCCUUUGGAGGUUUUGGGCUUGAGAUGGGAAUGGGAAUCUUUUUGUCAAGAAAAAUGAAAGAAUUGACGGAUGGUGUGAAUUCUGUCAAGGCGUUUCCUGGUUUAGAUCCUGCGGAGACUCAGGAAUUGCAGCACAAAUGGCACACACUCAAGAUUCAGGAGCUGAGGAUGUUCUGUGAUAGCUUGGAAUUGCUGCAAAACCAGUGCAGGUUAAUUUUGAAAAAUGCCGAAACUUCAGGUUCUAAUGACAAUCAUAGAUCUUAGAAUUUCAGAGAUUGCAUUUUUAAAAAUUUUGCUGGCAACCUUCUCCUCUGUAGAUAUCAUGUUUUCGCUUUAUGUUUUAGAAUUUGUAAUUAGUACUGUGGAAGUUACAAGCACUCUUAUGCACCAAAAUGAACUCAGCUUGAUCUGAGCAAUUCAUGGCGUUAUAUUAAGAUCUUUUCAAUCUCUUCCCA